CUGUCCAACUGCGGCCGCGGGGAGCCGCUGCGCCGCGUGGAGUCGUCCGCAGGGAUCGCUCGGAGCUGUGGCGCUGCCCACGGGAGCUUUUGCCGCCGGACAGAAACCCGGUGGGUUUUCGCGCCGCGGCGACGGCCCCGAGCGAUGGGCCGGGAUGGAGCGCGAUCUGCCCGCGGGGCGCCGCACCGCCGCGUCCCGCCCGGCCGCGAUCCCUCCCGAGCGGCGGUAACCGCACGGCCCGGCCGGACGGCGACGCGCGGCCCCGCGCUCAACAUGGCGGCGGAGGCCCGGCGGAGCGGCGCUGAGCGGAGCGGAGGAGGCCGCGCGUAACACCGCGUCCCCGUGACGGGAUCCGCGGCCGCGGGUGGCGCAGCGGCGCCGGGGGAGGUCCGCGCCCGGGAGAGGCGAUGAGCGGCGGCCCGGAGGAGCUGCAGGAGCGGCUGCGGGAGGCGGCGGCGCUCGGGGACGCCGAGGAAGUGCGGCGGCUGCUGGCGGCGGGGGCGGACGUCAACUCCCGCAACGAGAUCGACGGCUGGACGUGCCUGCACUGGGCCUGCAAGCGGAGCCACGCGCCGGUGGUGGCGCUGCUGCUGGACGCGGGCGCCGAUCGGCGCAUCCCCACGGGCGCGGGGCAGUUGGCGGAGCAGCUGACGGCCAAAGCGCACAUCCGCAGGAUUCUGGGAGUCACAGAAGAGGAGAAGGCCUAUCAAGGCGUGAGCGAUGUGACCCCUCCGGCUGCUGCCAGCUCCCCGGCCACGCCGCCGCUCCCUCCCAUCUGUACAGAGGAAAGCCCCCCGCACAGCUCAGCACAAGCUCCAAAUGAGAGCACGUCCCUCUCUCCAGCUUCCCAGAGCGAAAUCAGUCCUUGUUCUUCGGCAGCUCACACUGAAAGUGUGUGCACAUCCACCCCGUGCUCCAGUGAGGACACCCUUUCCACUCCAGACGCUGCAGCACAGCUGCCCAUCCCGCCGGCGGUGCCCUCAGCUGCAGAAUGCACAGAGCGGGGGUUACGCAGCAGCUCCUGCCAGCCCUCAGCACACAGCUCUGCUCUGUCUGUGCCGGCGGCACCCAGCCAGGCUGUGCCACUGAGCAGCUGCCCACCGCCUGGGCCUGCGCCUGCAUUUCAGCCCUUCUUCUUUACUGGAACUUUCCCUUAUAACAUGCAAGAACUUGUGCUUAAGGUGAGAGUGCAGAACCUCAGAGACGACGACUUCAUUGAAAUUGAACUGGACAGACAGGAGCUGACGUACCAAGAUCUGCUCAGGGUGAGCUGCUGUGAGCUGGGCGUUAAUCCUCAGCACGUGGAGAGGAUCAGGAAGCUCCCGAACACAGUGCUGAGAAAGGACAAGGAUGUUGCCAGGCUGCAGGACUUCCAGGAGCUGGAGUUGGUUCUUGUGGAAAGCGACAGCUCUCCCUUCAGAAAUGCUGCAUCAGCUUUGACUGAGAGACCGUGCUACAACAGCAGAGCCUCAAAGCUGACCUACUGAGUGCCAGCUGCACAUGGAGCCUGGAACCAGAGUGGUUAUAUACUGCUGCCCUUUGGAGGCAGUGAGUGAGCAUCUGUGGAACCUUAAGUUAUUGUUAGGGCUAAUAUUUUAACUAACAGUUUGUCUUUGGUAUUUAAUAUCUCCCUCUGCUUUUAUUUUUUUACUGGAUACUAUAUUCAGGUAAUUCAGGGUACCUCAUUUGUCUGCUAAGAUCACAUGCUUCCAAUGCAGUUCAGUUAAGUUCUUUAGUUGUAUGUAGCAACGGAGGGCAGCAAAGAAAUCAUGCAGAGUACUCCCACUCCUUGAACCAAGUAGGAGUCAGGGAAAAGACAAUCAGGAAAUAGCAGAUGCAUUCGUACACUAUGUGUGUACGUGUGUAGAAAACUUCCUGAUUAAUUUCAGAGGAUAUCUGGCAUACAACCUCUGGCUGCUCUCUAAAAACAGAGGAUGUGCAAUUCCUUAAUCUCUUCCCCCUUCUCACAGUUUUACCAAGAUGUCACUGUUAUUCAUUUUUCCACAGAAUUUUAAGUGUGUGUAUUGAACACCACUUAAAUACCAAACGCUAUUUGUUUUCAUUUGAGAAAUGACUUUUGUAUUCAUGUGUAGGCCCAGGACUGCAGUGCAGUAGUAACGUGGACACCAAAGUCUGUUUAGGAGACAGGACAAGGCAGCAGGCAGGGCUCUGGGAAGCUUGCCAGGCAGCCCAAGGCACCUGCACUCCAAACACAGCUGUACCUCAACAGCAGCACAGUUUUAAGCCUUUCCUUGCCCCAGUCUGCUGUGAGCCAGGCCCUGCUGCCUUUAGACACAAGCUGGCAGCACAUUGCCCUGUGCCCAUGCUGGCUCCCAGUGGCACUCUGUCGUGCAGUGCUGUGUCCUCCGAGGGACACCUCAUGGGUAUGUGGGUAAAAGCACACACUGCAGGGAAAAGCACUGAAGAGGCACCUGAGGCUCUUGUGUUCAGGCUUUCCAUUAAGUUAAUUGGGCUUAAAACUCCUGCUUAGUUGACUGAAAACAAUUAGCACUGUUUUCCCCCGUUCCCUAUCACUAUGAAUGCACUGAAUAUUCCUCUAUGCAGAGCUAAAGCCCAGAUCUGACUCCUUGAAAGCUAAAAGAUGCACUGUGAAAUAGGAAUUCCCAACUUGGGCUCCCUUCCCUAGCAAUUACACAUUCAUCUUUUUGAGACAGCUUGGAGACAUGCAAUAACUGCUCAGAACCUGUACUAGGUAUAUUUAUUUUCUCUCUGCUCCCAUUUUUAGGAUGUCACUGUGAAGACUGCCUCUACUAAUUACUGAACAUUUAGCUGUAGGAGCAGCUGGGCUUAAAAAGCUUUCUUUACUCUGGUUUCCAGAAUAACUGUUAAUGGGAGGAGACUAAAACUUUUAAUCGUGAUUUGACUGUAAUAAGAAGUCUAUGCAUACAGAGAAAUAUUUUUGUAUGUUUUAUGCAGUUUGAUAAAUCUAAAGCACACUACUUCAGGGUUAUUUUGGUUUGCUUUCUUUGAACAAUAAACUCUUGUUAAUAACAAUUGAAACAAA